ACCCUCACCUGUCCUCCCUUGAUGUAGUUCAAGCAUGUGUCGACAUGUGAAUUGCAGGUACUGUUGCCAGCAAGACACAACCUAGGCAAGAGUGGAGUGCCUGCAAAGGCUUCCCAGUCAGACUGUACAGGUCAGACUGCAAGACAGAAAUACCCUCUUUCCUCUCUUUUUUUUUUUUUAUAUUUUUAGUAUUUUCCAAGUGUUGGUAGGAGUACUAAUUUAUUUACUGUUUUCCAGAUCCCUUUCAACAACAAAAUAAUCAUCUUGACUAUUUUAAGGAACCUAAUUGCAAUGAGAACCAAAAUUCCAUUUGGAAUGGUUUCAUUCCAGAGAAACUGUGUCCUCGUUUCUGUAUGAAUGUUCCAAGUUUAUUUCAUUUUACAUUCUUACUGAGAGAAGUACGAACAUUAUCAUGGAGACCAUGGAUUUUGAGGAAGCAGCAAUUUUCUCUGCCCAGAGUGCCCUUACUUCAGGCAGCAGGAAAAAAGAACUCUUUCAAUCUCCUUGGACUAACUGAGGCAGAAUUGAAAGAACAGUUUGUAAGAGGUGAUGGCCCAGGAGGUCAAGCCACAAAUAAGACAAACAACUGUGUUGUCUUGAAGCAUAUUCCAUCUGGGAUUGUCGUGAAGUGUCAUCAAACAAGAUCAGUGGAGCAGAACCGAAAGAUAGCCAGAGAAAUCCUGCAGGAAAAAGUUGACCUUUUCUACAAAGGUGAAGAUAGUGAUGUUUUUAAAGAGAAGAAAGCAUCAGAGAAGAAGAAGCAGGAGAAAAAAAGAAGAGCAAAGGAAAACCUAGAAAGGAAAAAGCAUUUUAAAGAGAUGCAACAAUUGGAUAAGAAAUAAACGUGUGAAGUACUGACUUGCCCUAGCAGGCACCCUCACUGGCUGCCACCAAGUUUUGGCCUUCAACAGCGAAGGGAGAGUGCUUCAAGAACCAAAGCCAUAGUAUCUAUUUUGAAAGCAAGGGAGACUACUAGCAACUAUACUGCCUUCUGACAGAGAUCGACUGCAUCCGGACUGUGCCAUGGAUGGAAACUCACCAGCCAUCUGCAGGCCCGUUCCCUUGUCUGUUCCUGAACUUCAGCCUCCUGCAUGAAGGUUAAAUUUUUAUCUGUUGAGAGUUCUUGUUCAUGGAGUAUGAAUCUGAUUAAAGUGACUGUACAUAGUUUUAAUACAAACUGUUAAUGAAAAUAAGCUUUAUUACGUCAAGUAAUAAAUACAUACAAAGAUGCAA